AUGUCUUAUUCAUCGAUGGCAGUCCGCACUUUCACUGCCCCUAAACCACUGGGGGAUGCGAUGGAGCAGCCCCAGACCCAUACGGUUAUGAAACCGACCGAGCAUGCCGGCGGCGAACCGGUCCAGCACAAGCCCAGCCAACAGGGCCUGACUUUCGCUAACCAAGAGUCACUCCCGAAACUCCCGAUCCCCGAGCUGGAAGACACUUGCAAACGCCAUCUCGAUGUGCUUGCUGCGCUCCAGACGCCGCGCGAACACGAGGAUUCCAAGGCCGCCGUGAAGGAGUUUUUGAAGACCGAUGGACCGCUCCUGCAGGAGAGACUCAAGAACUAUGCCUCGUCGAAAACCAGUUUCAUUGAGCAAUUCUGGUAUGACUCAUACUUGAACUUCGACAACCCAGUGGUCUUGAACCUGAACCCUUUCUUCUUGUUGGAAGAUGAUCCCACUCCGGCCCGCAACCACCAGGUGACACGAGCUGCCUCGCUGGUCGUGUCGGCUCUUUCGUUCGUUCGCGCAGUGCGCAGAGAGGAACUGCCGCCGGAUACUGUGCGCGGAACGCCGCUCUGCAUGUACCAGUAUUCUCGACUGUUUGGCACAGCUCGUCUGCCAACCGACAAUGGCUGCGUGAUCAGCCAGGAUCCAGCGGCCAAGCACGUUGUCGUGAUGUGCCGUGGACAAUUCUACUGGUUUGAUGUCCUCGACGACAACAGCGACUUGAUUAUGACGGAGAAGGACAUUUCGCUGAAUCUCCAUGUGAUUAUCGAGGACGCGGCACAGACUCCUGUCCAGGAGGCUGCCAAGGGUGCUUUGGGUGUUCUCAGCACGGAAAACCGGAAGGUGUGGUCCGGACUGCGUGAUAUCAUGACCAAGGACCCGCGGUCCAACAAUGCCGAAUGCCUGAACAUUGUGGACACAGCCCUGUUCAUGCUGUGUCUCGACGACACGGAGCCCUCGAACACCGCCGAGCUUUGCGCCAAUAUGCUUUGCGGCACCAGUGAGGUGAUCAAGGGUGUCCAAGUAGGCACAUGCACUAACCGCUGGUACGACAAGCUGCAGAUCAUCGUCUGCAAUAAUGGCAGUGCGGGUAUCAACUUCGAGCAUACUGGUGUCGACGGACAUACCGUGUUGCGUUUCGCCAGCGACGUCUACACCGACACAAUUCUCCGAUUCGCCAAAACUAUCAAUGGGCAAGCUCCAAGUCUCUGGACAACCACCAGUCCGGACCCGGCCAAGCGUGACCCCCGUAGCUUCGGCAACGUGAGCACUACCCCCCGCAAGCUCGAGUGGGACAUGACACCCGAACUCAACAUCGCCCUCCGCUUCGCCGAAUCCCACCUCUCCGACCUCCUCUACCAACAUGAAUUCCAAGUGCUCGACUUUGAAGGAUUUGGCAAGAACUUCAUCACCUCCAUGGGCUUUUCUCCCGAUGCCUUUGUGCAAAUGGCGUUCCAAGCAGCGUACUACGGUCUCUAUGGCCGAGUCGAGAACACCUAUGAACCUGCCAUGACGAAAUUCUUUUUGCACGGCCGUACCGAAGCAGUGCGUACCGUCACUCCUGAGGUCCUGGAUUUCGUCAAGACCUUCUGGGGCGAGAACCCCGCGGAAGCGAAGAUCGAUGCUCUUCGCGCAGCAACUCAGCGCCACACCGCUAUCACAAAAGAAUGCUCUAAGGGUCAGGGUCAAGACCGUCACCUCUACGCCCUUUACUGCCUCUGGCAACGUUCAUUCGACGAAGGUCUCUUCCAAGACUCCAGCUCCGCAGGCGGAUAUUCCAGUCCCGGUGAAAUCGAGUCACCCCCGCUUUCUCAGCCCUCGGAAGACGGCUUCUCGUCACCGAACAGCAGCAACUUCCGAGGAAUCCGCUCUGCCGUGCCCCCGACACCAGCGAUCUUCAGUGAUGCCGGCUGGGAUAAGAUCAACAACACCAUUCUCUCCACAUCGAAUUGCGGUAACCCAUGUCUGCGUCACUUCGGAUUCGGCCCUACCUCUGCGGAUGGUUUCGGUAUUGGAUACAUUAUCAAGGAUGAGUCCAUCUCGUUCUGCGCUUCCUCAAAGCACAGACAAACGGCUCGUCUGAUGCAUACCCUUGAAUCAUACCUGCUGGAAAUUCGAAAGCUCCUCCGCGCGACGAACCGCAAGACGACGAGCCCCCGAACGAGUCGGGCGCGUGAAACAGAGGCUCUGGCCGAGCGGCUGCAGACUGAUUCGGGUCGUCGGGGCCGCAUUGUUCGUCCUGGUGCAGGUGGCGCUGAUACGCCUACCACGACAACGGACAGUGGGGAGAUUGAGGAUGAUGGAAUGGGCGGAUAUGGAUUCUUCGAUGCCGGUAUGCUGCUUCACGCGUUGAAGGACAUUAAUGCGGAGCGGGAACAGCGGGGUGAGAAGACGGAGAGGAAGAAGUUUGUUGGGAAGAAGCUCCAUCUCAAUGAGUACUAG